AUGGAUAUUAAAAGCACGGAAACUUUAAUUUUCUCAGCAUACAUAAUAUUAUCAAAGCAAUAUGCAACGAAGAUUGAGAUAAAAGGACAAGGUGUGCUUAUAACUGGAUGUGAUACAGGAAUAGGACAUGCCACAGCAUUAAGGCUGGUAAAAGCUGGAUUUACCGUGUUUGCUAGAUGUCUGAAACCCGAGGACGAGGGAGCAAUUGCUCUCAUGGAAAAGGGAGGAGAAAGACUACACGUGGUACCAUUAGAUGUAACAAGUGACGAAAGUCUGUGGGCAGUGAUCAACAAUGCAGGUAUAGAGUUUGCAGCGGAAAUUGAAUUUGCAACCAUUGAGUUGAUGAAACGUGUUGCAGAGGUCAACUUCUAUGGUAUUGUCCGUGUUACAAAAGCGUUCCUACCUUUAUUCAGGAAGACAAAAGGUAGAGUAGUAAAUGUAACAAGUGUUAAGGGAAGGCUUGGCUGGCCGGCUGAUUCGGCCUCCACAUGCGCCAAAUGGGCUGGUGAGGCAUUCUCAGAUAUUCUUCGUAGAGAGAUGUACAGAUUCGGGGUCAAGGUUGUUAUUAUAGAACCCGGGCAGUUUGGCAGUUUAACACAAAUACUUCAGGGCGAAAGAUUUAAACUUGCCGAAGCUGAACUUAAAAAAUGCUGGGAGCUGGCUUCGGAAGAAAUAAAAGAAGCAUAUGGAAGAGAAUGUAUUGAUGCACUCAUAAACGGUUUCCGUGAUAAUGGUAAAGGUGGCCCAGAAAGUCUGGACGCAGUUACUGACGCCAUGCUGGAUGCUGUGGAAAAUGUGAAUCCAAAAUGCCGAUAUCUUGUGCAUGGUACUAACAUGCCACGUGACAAAUACUGUAUCACGGCUGUACUGAAUCAGUAUUUACCAGAGUCUUCGAUGGACUACAUUUGUCGUGUGGUAACGCCUUUACCACCUGUCAAGCAACAAGUCAAAUAG